AUGGCCCCAGCCACCAUCAAAUCGUGCUGGAAGUGCGGCAGCCCGCACCACACCAAGGCCCAAUGCCCACACGUGGCGCGGCCCGUCCCUCCCUCCCCGGCUCCCACCCAGGCUCCGGCCAACGUAUUAUCAAAUGGUCAUUCUCUCCAUCCCCGCCGACGGCAACGUGGCCGGCGUGCUGGCCGGCGUGCUGGCCGGUAUGGGCCCCGGGCCCUCCAUCCCCCCGCCACCGUCCCGGCCCGCAAGCGGGCCCGCGAUCACGACCACGACCACGACGAGUCCCCCCGCCGCGCCCCGAAGAUGGCCAAGAAGGCCGAGAAGGACGAGCUCCCCCGCCGCGCGGCCAAGAAGGCCAAGAAGGCCAAGAAGGCCAAGAAGGCCAAGAAGAACAAGGAGAAGGAGAAGAUCGUCGACACGGAUGUCGACAUGGUCGACGCGGACAAGACCAAAGACGAUGGCAAGGACCACGACAAGGACAAGGGCAAGACCAAUGGCGACCCCGAGUCGGCCGAGCAGGCCCUGGAGGCCGCCGAGGCGGCAAUGAAAGCCGGCCCUAGCGUGUUCAGCAAUGUUCCCCCCCUCCCCGAGAUCGAUGCCGAGGGCCUCUGA